GAUUUCCCAAAAAAAAAUCUCCCCAAAGAUUUUGAGAGCUGUCAAUGCUUUAAAUGACCCAACGACAAAAGAAGUUAUACCCCAUUUUUUUCCCUGUCAAAUUUGAUCAAAAAAGAAAUUUGAUGAGCGCCACGGCCAACAACACAAACUUGCAUAACGACGAACUGAAGUUGUUUUGAUUGGUUCGGAGAAGAAAAGAAAUGACUUCAAUGGAGGAGGAUGAUGAGGCCGAAGUUUCCCCUCCAAAGGGUGCCCAAAGUUUGGUAGAUUUGGUCUUCUCUUGGUCUAUUCAUGAUGUUCUCAACAAAGACCUUUACAAGGACAAGGUGCAGCAGAUCCCUACAACAUUCCCAUCAACUUCUUGUUAUUUGAAAUCAUUUAUCUUCCCUCUCAUUGAGGAAACACAUGCAGACUUGUGUUCAGGCAUGGAAAAAUUGGCGGAUGCAUCGACCUAUGAAAUAUCAUCCGUGGAGAGGUCGAAAGAGUAUCGUCCUCCCAAGGACCUUUUAUAUGAUAUUGUAAUCGAAAGAACGACAAACACUAAGAAUGCGGGAGAUAAAUGUGAACUGGAGACAGGAGACCUCUUUGCCCUCACUGAUAUAAGGCCAAGAUGCAUCGAUGAUUUGAGCAGGCCAAAAAGUGGCUAUCUUAUUGCUUUAGUUCAACAGGUAAAAGAAGAAAAGGAUUUUUUAAAACUCCAAAUCUUGACAUCAAUGCCCAUGGUGCUUGAUCAAGACAUGCAAAUGGAUGAGAAGAUAGGAACCUUUUUUGGUGUUUUUCUUGUGAAUAUGACAACACACAUUCGGAUAUGGAGAGCACUGAACUUGGAACUGGGUUCAAGUAACUUGAGUAUCAUUGGGAAAGUGCUACAGCCUGAUUCUUUUGUUAGGGACGGUUGUAGUCUUUGCUCGUUUGAUAAAUACGCAAAAGCAAGGACAAAUUCCCACAAUGUCCUUUACUCUUCUGGUCUGAAUGACUCCCAAGAAGCAGCAGUCCUAAAGUGCAUUGCAACAAGGGUAUGCGUCCAUGACAGUACAGUUAGGCUGAUUUGGGGUCCACCUGGGACAGGGAAAACAAAGACAAUUGGAGCGUUGUUAUGUGUGCUUCGGCAGAUGAAAUGUAGGACACUUACUUGUGCCCCAACUAACCUUGCAGUUUUGGAAGUUACAAGGCGGCUGUUGAGAAUGGUGAUGGAGUCAGUUGAUUGUGGGAUUUAUGGGUUAGGAGAUGUAGUCUUAUUUGGAAAUAGGGAGCGAAUGCAGAUUGAUGCUCAUGACGACCUUUCUAAUGUUUUUCUUGAUAAUCGUGCAAAAAUUCUUGGUAAGUGCUUUGCUCCAAAAUCUGGGUGGAGACAUUAUUUACGGCUGAUAAUAUCUUUACUUGAAGAUCCAGGACACCAGUACCAUUUGUACUUAAAUGAUAAAAGGGAGAGAAACGAUGAGAGUGAUGAUGAUAUGGAAGAUGAGGAGAUGCUGGAAUUUGGUCGAGACAAAAAAGAACUAUAUGCUCAAAAUUUCAGAAUUGUGAAGAAUAAGAAAUCAUGGAUGAAGAUUAUUGCUCAAACCUUGAGAGACAAUAAGGAAAGGAAGAAAGGGAAUGAGGUGCUUGUGCAGAAGAACCGUUCACGUGAUGGGAAAGCAAACAAUGGAAAUUAUAGAAUCGGAAACAAGAGAAGAUUUAAUUUCGGGGAAUUCGUGAAGAAGGAAUUCAAAUAUAUACAAAAGGAAAUGAAGUAUUUCAUUGUUAAUUUGUGCAUACACUUGCCAACUUGUUUUAUUUCAUUGGAAGUGGUAGAAAACAUGUUUCAAGCUUUAGAUUUUCUUGAUCACCAUGGAACUUUAUUAUGCAGUGCUUCUAUGGUUUCUGAUGAGGAAAUCCUCAAUAUAACGGAAGAUGGGAGAGGAUAUGUUAGUGGCUCAUCUGAGCUAAGUGUGUCAAAAAGGAAUUGUCUUCAAAUGCUAAGAUCUCUUCCUGAGGCAUUCUUUCCCCCAGACGCCUUAAAAUCAUCAAUCAGAGCAUUUUGUUUGGAUAAUGCAUGCCUGCUUUUCUGCACUGCUUCAAGUUCUGUUAGAUUGCACAUUCAAGGAAGAACACCAGUGGAGCUGUUGGUUGUUGAUGAAGCGGCUCAGCUUAAAGAAUGUGAAUCAGCAAUUCCUCUACAACUUCCUGGUCUACGCCAUGCCAUGCUUAUAGGAGAUGAGCAACAACUACCCGCUUUGGUUAAAAGCAAGAUUUGUGAGGAGGCUGACUUUGGUAGAAGUUUAUUUGAGAGGCUGGUAUUAUUGGGCCAUAGGAAGCACCUUCUCAAUGUCCAAUAUAGAAUGCAUCCGUCAAUAAGCUUAUUUCCGAAUCAGGAAUUCUAUAAAAGACAGAUUUUAGAUGCUCAAAAUGUCAAAGAGAAAAGCUAUCACAGGAGUUUUCUACAGGGCAAUUUGUAUGGUUCUUAUUCUUUUAUUAACAUAGCAUUUGGAAGUGAAGACAUGAAUGAUGGGCAUAGCCUCAGAAAUAUGGUGGAGGUCGCGGCUGUCUGUGAUAUAAUUUCAAGACUAUUUAAAGAAUCUGUUGCCUUAAAAAAGAGGAUUGGCAUUGGUGUGAUAGCACCAUACAAGGCUCAGGUUUCUGCAAUUCAAGAAAAGCUUGGAUCGACAUAUGGUUCAGAUCCAAAAAGUGACUUCUCUGUGAGAGUUCGCACAGUUGAUGGUUUUCAGGGUGGCGAGGAGGACGUGAUAAUAAUAUCCACAGUCAGAAGUAAUGGAAUUGGGUCAGUGGGUUUUCUUUCGAAUAAUCGAAGAGUCAAUGUGGCUCUCACCAGAGCAAGGUAUUGCCUAUGGAUAUUGGGCAAUGGGACAACUUUAAAGAACAGUGGGUCUGUUUGGAAGAAAAUAGUUGCUGAUGCCAAGAAUCGGGGUUUUUUUCACCAUGCUGAUGAGGACAGGAACCUGUCUGUAGCUAUUAUAGCUGCUUUGGUUGACGUGGACCAACUAGAUAUUCGACUCCAUGUCGAGCCUCUACUAUUCAGUGGAGCCAGGUGGAAGGUUUGUAUUGAUGAUACAUUUUGGAAAUCAAUGGAAAAGGUUAAGGACAUUGAGAUCCGCAAGGAGGCUCUUUCUCUGUUGACAAAGAUUUCAUGCGGUUGGCGUCGGCCCCACAAGGAAGCAAACCUCAUUUCUCUGAGUGGGAUAUCUACUCGGUUCUUGGAGUAUUACAAGGUCAACGAGCGGCUAAAUCUUGUUUGGACAGUUGUUAUCCAUGAAGAGAAACACGAUUAUAAACAAGUUUUAGUGGUUUGGGAUAUAUCAGCAUUGUCUGAUAUUGCAGAGGUGGCAAAGAAGCUCGACAACUUUUUCCGGAGUUACCCAUUAGACGUCAUGAGCCUAUGCAGAUACAAACGUUUCGAGGGGAAUUUCAUUUUUCCGGUAGAGGUACAGAAAUCAGAUUAUAUGCAGCUCUUGUCAAUUCAAUUUGCUGGACUCAGUUUACAGGAUGACUUCUGAGGAUUAGCUACUAGUUCAAUAUAAGAAGAUUGUACAUAUUCGGAAGCAUCAUACGGUACAUUUCUUGGGCUUUAGAAUUUCCUCUUUUGUUCACCUACGCUUGCGGCAUAUUUACUGGGACAGUUCCUAGAUGGGCAUGUUGGGCCUAUCUAUCAAAACAACUGAUAUAGAGUGUGUCCUAUCUUGGUGAUUCCUCCUAAAACUGUACAGUAUUGAGUGAGGGGUAAAUAUUUUUGUGGUCUGUACCACUAUGACUUUUCUAUUCCAACUCUGAGAAACCAUUUCUUGAAAGCAUCUCUCUCUCACAAAUCUUUGUUGGGUCAUUUAUAAAGGGUGAUGCUUCAAAUUGCUCCUUUUGUUUCUUCUUUGUACAAGGUUACAAAAAAUACGCUUCCACAAAGGUAAGGCACUCAAGGAAAACCAAAUUACAAAAUUAAUUAGACGGGUAUUUUAUUAACUUUGUCUGACCAAGGGGAAAAAAAAUGAGUGUAUUUCCAGAAAAAAGUGGAGCGUGAAAAUCAUCAGUCUCGGCAAGUUCUUACAUCCAUAAGUUUGUUAUUUGCACUAGAGAUCUUACACCCUUCCUUUUGGACUUCUAAAUGCAGGUGUCAAGCUUUUGUUACUGAAACUCAUGAAUGGAUGUAUAGUUUCAGAUUUUUUGCCA